CGUCGGCGAAGAAGUUCACGUCGGUGACGCGUCGACGACGUCCAGAGGCCCUAUAAAGAUGCCAAGGACGACAGGGAGCUAGCAACCUUCACCGUCUCCCAACUCCCAAGUGAAAUCUCCAACAUGUCCGCCGCCAAAGUCCUCCGCCCUCUUUUUGUCGUUGCCGGCUGUGGGAACGGCUCGGGCACGGGUGCUGCCGCGGCGCGCGCCUUCGCGAAGGCCGGCUAUAGCGUCGCGCUCAUUGCGCGGGGCGAGGACUCGCUGAAGAGUCUUGCGCAGGAGAUCAAGGCGUCUGGAGGCUCGGCCGCCCCCAUCCCCGUCACCGGCUACGGCGCCGCGGACUUCACCAAGGCCUUCGCCGACAUCGACGCCGCAUUCCCCUCCGCCGAGUACGCCGUGCGCGCCGCGCUCUGGAACGCUGGGCACGCUGUGUUCAAGGGCUUCCUGGACACGACGGUCGAGGAACUCGAGACGACGCUGCAGACGAACGUCGUCGGCGCGUUCGCGUUCGCGCAGCAGGUCAUCCGCACGUUGCAGAAGAACGAGCCGGAGGAGACGACGGGGAGGGGGACGCUGAUAUUCACGGGCGCGACGGCGGGGGUGAGGGGCAAUGUGAUGACGAGCGCGUUUGCGUCGGCGAAGCAUGGGGUGCGCGCGCUGUCGCAGAGCUUGGCGAAGGAGUUUGGGAAGGAGGAGAUCCAUGUCGCCCAUGCCAUCAUCGACGGCGGCAUCCUUACCAAUAACUACCCUGGACGCAGCGUGGCCACGGGGCUGAAGCCAGAUGCCAUCGCGCAGGCCUACCUGUCUUUGGCCGGUCAGGACAAGUCGGCCUGGAGCUGGGAGAUUGACCUUCGCCCUUUCAAUGAGAAGUGGUAAAAUUGCGAAGUCGAUAGCAUUAGGUGAUUAUAUAGCUACGUAGCGUAAGAAGUAGUGGCAGACAUAGGACGUUAUAGCGAAGUCAAGACAAAAUAGUUAGCUCUAUGCUGAU